GCGAGCGCAGACGCAACGGCCGUCAGUCGCUCCAGGGCCGUCAGAGGGGUCGGACCACAAUCUAGUCAUUAUUUUUUUUAUAAUAAUUUCGUAAUCAAAAGGUCAUCAUGAAAGUGUUCAUCGCUUUAGCAGCUAUAGCCGCGCUCGCAAGCGCGCAAUUCAAAUGCCCGGCGAAAGAUGGCCAGUACGAAGACGACAGACAAUGUGACAAAUUCUACGAGUGUGUAGAUGGUGUUGCCACCACCAAGCUGUGCCCAGACGGUCUGGUGUUCGACCCCACUAUCAGGAAGAUCAACAAGUGCGACCAGCCCUUCAACGUGGACUGCGGAGACAGGACUGAAUUGCAGCCUCCCAAGCCCAACAACCAAUGCCCGCGCCGCAACGGUUUCUUCGCUCACCCCGACCCGUCAGUGUGCAACAUCUUCUACAACUGCAUCGAGGGGGACGCCACUGAAGUCAAGUGCACUGCUGGACUGCACUUCGACGAGUACUCCGGAACCUGCGUGUGGCCCGAUUCGGCCGGCAGGCAAGGAUGCAUCGCUCAAGAGAAGAAGACCAAGGACGGCUUCGAGUGCCCCAAGGACCAGCAGGUUGACGCCCAGGGUCAGCCAGUAGCCCACCCCAAGUUUGCCCACCCAUCCGACUGCCAACGGUUCUACGUGUGUCUGAACGGAGUGGAGCCCAGGGAUCUAGGAUGCAUUGUCGGAGAGGUCUACAAUGAGGAGACGCAGAAGUGUGAUGCGCCUGAGAAUGUGCGCGGAUGUGAGGACUGGUACAAGGACGCCGAGGAUACGGCGCCCAAAGCGAGGUCUUAAGCCUCUAGUGAUAUCAUACUACAUAGCUUACUGUUAAGACUUAAGUUAAUAAUAAGUUAAACAAAUUAA